AAGGGUAAAACGCAAAGGAAAAAAAGAAAAUCCUCCUUGAGGAGAGGAGAGACAGAGAGAGGGGCCAGACGGGCACGGGGUCUGGUCUUUUGCUUGCGUAACAAUCAAGAAUAAUUAAGCUCUCUCUGUCCUUCUCCUCUCUGAUGAGAUCUUUCAUGUCAGCAUGGCGCAAUCAGAACAACAACAACAACACCACCACCACCACCAACCACCUGCAAAGCCAACCCAAUCGUCCAACCCUUUCAACCCACAGAUGACGACGAGCCCAAUCUCAGUCUCAGCUCCAAACCCAUCAUGGUUCUCCCCCAAAAGGUUGCUCGUAAUGCUCUGUACAAUUAACAUGAUAAAUUAUGUCGAUCGAGGAGCAAUAGCGAGCAAUGGUGUCAAUGGUAGUAUUGGGAUUUGUGAUGAUAGCGGAAUUUGCAGCGCGGGUAGCGGAAUUCAGGGAGAUUUUAAAUUGAGCAAUUUUCAAGAUGGUGUUCUUUCAUCUGCAUUUAUGGUUGGUCUUCUUAUGGCGUCACCCAUCUUUGCGUCCUUGGCAAAGAGCCACAAUCCUUUUAGGCUGAUUGGAGUUGGAUUAUCUGUUUGGACAUUUGCCACAGCUGGGUGUGGUAGUUCAAUUGAUUUUUGGACCAUUGCAAUAUGUCGUAUGCUGGUUGGAGUUGGUGAGGCAUCUUUCAUAAGUCUUGCCGCGCCGUUCAUUGAUGAUCAUGCUCCUGCACCUCAGAAAACGGCAUGGCUUGCAAUGUUUUACAUGUGUAUACCAACUGGAAUUGCUGUGGGCUAUGUUUAUGGCGGAUUUGUGGGAGACAAUUUCAGUUGGCGAUAUGCAUUCUGGGGAGAGGCAUUUUGUAUGCUUCCAUUUGCUGUCUUGGCUUUUGCGAUGAAUCCAUUGCAGUUGAAAGGUUUUGCUCCUGCUGAAUCAAGAAAGUUUUUGGAACCUAAUGAAACAACUAGUCCUUUAAUUGAAGGUUCAGAUGACUCAAACAUAAAUAGUUGCGUGAUAGUUUCCUCUGAUAAAGCUUCUAGGUCAAGCCCUGCAUCCAAAUCAUUGAACCAACUCUCAAGAUUCUCACAAGAUAUGAAAGAACUUUUGCGUGAUAAAGUUUAUGUUGUUAAUAUUUUAGGUUAUGUGUCAUACAACUUUGUCAUUGGAGCCUACUCAUACUGGGGGCCAAAGGCUGGUUAUAGCAUUUAUCGUAUGAGUAAUCCAGAUUUGUUGUUUGGUGGUAUUACAAUUGUUUGUGGAAUUCUGGGGACGUUAGCUGGAGGGCUCAUCCUUGAUUCGGUGAAUGCCACAAUUAAUAAUGCUUUUAAGCUUCUCUCUGGAGCAACAAUUCUAGGUGCAAUCUUUUGCUUCAGUGCCUUCUGUGUAAGGAGCUUGUAUUUUUUUGUAGUUCUUUUCUCAAUGGGGGAGCUACUUGUGUUUGCCACACAGGCUCCAGUUAAUUAUGUGUCUCUGCGAUGCGUGAAACCAAGUCUUAGGCCAUUGUCUAUGGCUGUCUCAACUGUUUCAAUCCACAUCUUUGGUGAUGUUCCUUCCUCACCUCUUGCUGGAAUCCUCCAGGACCAUGUUAACAAUUGGAGGGUAACAACUCUUGUUGUGACGUCUGUUCUGUUUUUUGCAUCAGGAAUAUGGUUCAUAGGGAUCUUCAUUAGCAAUUCAGACAAAUUUAAUGAAGAUGGUAAGGAAGAAGUCUCCACAGUUGAUAGAGCCACAAAAAAGCCUUUGUUUGAAGAGAACACAAUUGAGGGAGCCCAAGACUCUGGUGAAGCAUAAGUUUACUUUAGUGUAUUCAAGUUGCUUUUGCAUCUCGAAGCCCCAAUGUCUGGAGGAUGGUAUGAUGACAGAACCUCUGCAAAACAAACAAACCAAAAUUCGUCUCGAGAACUUUCAAGGUGGGAGUUGCAAUACUGUUUCUGCCUUUUUGCCGUUUCCAAAUUGAGCCCUCUCUGUCAAAUUGUAUGCCUGAAGUUAUUAUGUUACUCUUCUAAAUCAAAUUGCUGUCCACAGUUAGAUUUGUUGGAUUGCUAGUGAGUUGUGAGAAAAAGAAAUGUACAGUGAAACUAAACAAGCAGGAGCAUUACAGAGAUUCAAAUUCAGGAUACAUAUGUUUAUGUUGUUUGAGAUGCACAUUCCACUGUACAGUGUGUUCAACAAUGAUGUAAAUAUUUGCUGUUUUCUAGCAUUUCAAUAGAAAAACAGAAACAUUGAUGUUUAUGAAAGAUUGUCUUUCUUUCCUA